AGUAGAAAAAAAGGUCACGAUUAAUGAAGAGAAAAAAAGAAGAAUAAAUGAAUUUCCAUCCAAUGUUUUUCCGUCAAAUGUAUUUCUGUGUUCACGAAAAGAUGAUCUGUCUGGAAACUCAACAUUUUAGAGUUAACCGAAUUCUGUUGCUUGGCGUAGGUUUGUGGCCUUACCAACGAUCGCCAAUCGUUAAACUUCAGUUCAUUUUACUUCUUGGGGUUCUGAUAAGUUUUAUUAUAUUCCAAUUUACAACAUUCUCGACGUCAAAAUGUACUACAGAACACAUUAUCAAGGUUUUCUCUAUUACAUGCUUCUUUAUGUGCAAUGUGAUCGAAUACAGUUCGUUUUGGUUUAACGCCGAUAUCAUAAGGCGUAUGCUGGAACAGCUUCAAGAUGUAUAUAACGAGCUAAGAGAUGAGAAGGAAAUCGCUAUCAUAGAAAAAUACGGGAGCAAGGCAAAAUGUUACACAACUGUAUUUAUACUGCUUGGCAUAUUGAACAAAUGUAACUUAGCUGUUGUACAAAUUUUGCCAUACAUUCAAAACAUUGUUCUGCCUAAGAACGAGUCUCGACUAAAUCCUUCAGUGUAUGUUGCGAGGGAGUACUUUACUGAUCAAAAAAAAUAUUUCUACUUAACUACGCUGCAUACACUAGCAGCUUCUUACGUAGGGAAUGCCCUAAUGAUAGCAACAGGGGCGAUGCUCAUUGCAUAUAUUCAACAUAUCUGCGGAAUGUUUAGUAUUGCCAGGAAUAAAAUUAUUUACAGUUAUCGUAUCGAACAGGCAAUGAAUAUUUUACAAAAAGAUAUCCUAAAAAGUAAAAACAAGGUUUACAAAGAGAUAGCUUAUGCCGUGGACAUUCAUCGUAAAGCUAUGGAGUUCGCGGACUUUUUAAUAUCAAACUUUGGGGGGCCCUACUUCUCCAUGAUAAUGUUCGGCCUAAUUGGUGUUACCCUUAGUCUUUAUCGGGCUGCGUCACAUAGUGAUAAUAUUGAGCAACUUUUUUUUACUCUUUUGAUGAUAAAAACUUUCAAUGCGUACUUGUUCUUAGGCAACUAUUUUGCGCAAGAAAUCACGGAUCACAAUGAAUACGUAUUUGUCACAGUAUACAACGUUCAGUGGUAUGUAUUUCCGUUACAUAUACAGAGAAUGAUAUUGUUUCUACUACAAAGGGGCAUUAAGGCCUUUCAAAUAAUUAUCGGUGGAAUAUUUGUGGCGAACAUGGAAAGUGCCGCUGCGGUGUUGAGUACUUCGAUAUCUUAUUUUACUGUUCUCUAUUCUAUGAGGGAGAAUUAAGACUAUGAAUUAAUAAUGAUAAAAUAAAAUUGGUUUCAAUU